GAUUUAACGUUCGUUGGUUGUACGAGUACUCAUUCAUAAUGUCGAAACCAUUAAAAUUUUACUAUGAUUUGAUGUCCCAGCCAGCGAGGGCGUUGUAUUUGUUCCUGAAACUUAAUCAAAUACCACAUGAACCAUGUUAUGUGAACAUUGGAAAAGGUGAACAUCUAACCAAUGAGUACGCUCAAAACGUUAAUCCUUUCAAGAAAAUACCAGCUAUUGUGAACAAUGACUUUAAAUUAUCGGAAAGCAUUGCAAUUUAUCGGUAUUUGGCUAGUGAGCAUAAGGUUGUCGAUAAUUGGUAUCCGAAAGAAGUGCAAAAACGAGCAAGAGUUGAUGAGUAUUUAGAAUGGCACCAUUUAAACACGCGCCUUGGCUGCUCCUUAUAUUUUGUCUCUAGAUGGUUACUUCCUAUUGUGAAGCGUCAAACAGCGAACGAGGAACAACUAUCUGAUGCUAGGACCCGAAUGCUAGAUGCUGUGGAUGACAUCACUAACAUUUGGUUAAAGGAUCGCACAUUCUUAGCUGGAAAUGAAAUUACUGUAGCUGAUUUGGUUGCCGCGACCGAAAUUGAGCAGUUAGUGGUCACCGAUUAUGAUCCCUUUGAAAGUCGUCCUACUCUGAAAGCUUGGAUUGAAGCGGUCAAGAGUAAAACAAAUCCACACUACGAAGAUGCACACAAAUUGAUAUAUCGAGCUGCAAGUAUAACUAAGUCGAAAAUGUAGCUUUUUGUGGAUUUGGAUAGCUUUAUUGACCCACUAGAAAGAAAUAGACUUA